AUGACCAAUUUAUGUCAAGUCUGUCAUGACGCUUCAACUGGAACACAUUUCGGUGUUCAGGUUUGCAGCGCUUGCACAGCAUUUUUCCGAAGAACUGUCUCUAAAAACCAACGAUACAGGUGUAAGGAGAAGAAAGCGUGUGAGAUUCUGUCAACAAUCCGGAAUAUUUGCAAGUCUUGUCGAUUUGCAAAGUGUUUGGCAGUGGGGAUGAAGAAAGAUGGCGUUCAAAAAUUCCGAGAUGUCUACGGUAAACGUGAAUGUCCCCGAGUGUCCCCUUCCAUCCCAAGAUUUCCGAUUCUAGACUCUCUCGUUCGUAACUAUACACAUCUGGAGAACGUGAGACAAGUGAUACAUCGAGAUGAGACGAAAAGUGUUUUCCUGGAAAAGAGUCCGCGAGCACUCAACUACAAAGAGUCAAUCAAUGUGUUCCUGAAAGAAUAUCAACUUGUGGAGGACUGGAUUGUCAACUCAUUCAAUGAGUUUGCCAUGUUUCCAAGUGAUCAGAAGUCUGUACUCCUCCGCAAUUUCUAUCUUCAAUUCGUACUACUCGAAGGCGGACACUUUGCAUGUCAACGUGGCAGAAGUGACAUCACCUUCUUGCCAUCUGGGGAUUAUAUAGAUUGUGUGAAUCCAGAGACAUAUUAUAACGAUCCGGAUGGUCGGCAACCGAUUUCUGCAGGAGAUGCGGCGAAAAUGUUCGCCAGCUCCUUCGGCACAUACCGUCGAAACGUGACGCACCCGAUGCAACGAGACCAUGUAGAUCAAUUCGAGUUUCUCGCUCUCUCCGCAUUAACUCUAUUCGACACUGGUUUGGAAGGACAAUCGGAUGAAAAUAUUGAAAUAUGCCGACGAAUGAGAGAAUCCAUUCAGCGGGAGGUGUUACUGUACUGCAAGUUGAAAAAGAGGACAGAGUUGGAUGCGUCGAUUCGUUUGGGGAAUAUGCUAUCGAUUCUUCCCAAUUUACAGAGAGCCGCAAGACGAUUCCAUGAGGAUAUGACGUUGAGCAAUGUGAUGAAUGCGUAUUCAGUGGAUCAGAAGUUUUAUGAACUUGGAAAGUUGUAG